UGCAGCCAGACACGAGCUCAACGGAAAGCAUUUGACUUCUUGACUGAGAGCUGUUUUUUUGUUUUUUUGUCUAGUGUUUCGUGUGUUUUGGGGGGGAAACAAAUAAACGGUUACAACGUCUGAGGUUUUCACCCUGACAGCUCUUUGACUGAUGCAGAGAUGGACAAAGGAAUUGUGAUAAAGGACGAGUGGCCUGGUUACAGUCUGGACCUGUUCACGUAUCCAGAACACUACAGUGGGGACAUCGAGUGUGUGUACAUUCCACACGGGGUCAUUAUGGACAGGGUGGAGCGCCUGGCCAGUUACAUUAAAGAGGACUUUGGAGACAACGACAACAUCGUGGUGCUGUGUGUGCUGAAGGGCGGCUACAAGUUCUGCUCCGACCUGGUGGAGUUCAUCAAAAUCCUGGGUCGGAAUUCCAACAAGUACCUGGAGACCAGAGUUGAGUUCAUCCGACUAAAGAGCUACCUGGUGGGUGACGAGGACGGAAAAGGAAAUGAGCAAACACGUUAGCUAGAUGUUUGAAUAGAAAUACACACAAAAAAUUAAAAGACAGACAUUUACAUGUUCAUACAUUUACUUGACAAUGUAUGACAUAAUAACUAAACUAAAUAAUUAACAAAAAUCCCCUGCAGCACUACAUCAGUUCAGAUAUAGCGACAAUUUAACUUUUUUAUUUUACUUCAACGAAGAAAACAAUCAAAUAUUAACUCAUUAAUCCAUUUUGUCCCAAUUAUUCCACCACAACUUUGUUAUGCCUAAUUCCGGCCACCGAAUGUCGCUGUUGCUCCUAUUUGCUCCUGAAACCAGUGAGACCGUUUGACGGUGUAAAUCCCAUGUCACAAAACACUCGUCUCUGAUAAAUCCUGCCAGGAGAAAUACUCCUCCGCUCUGCCUUUAACCCCCGGGGAAGUAAUUUAAUUUACUGAUGUAAUAGUGGUUAAAUUUAAUUCCAUCUCUUGCAUAAUCUUUCACCAGUGUUAUCAUUUGUCAGACUGUGGUGUGUCUUGGCCGAGAACUCCUCCACUGUAAUGCCCCUGAUUUACUCAGUGUUUUCUUUGAAUGCGGUCUCACUUUUACAUUAUGUUUUCCUUAUACAAUACAAGGGAGGAUUUACAGCGUUUAUAUUCAGAGGUUAAUCAUGUGGCUUUGAGUUGGUACAACAGAAGAAUGGCUUGAAUUAAAAAUAGAUAUUUAUCCAAUGGCUAAUAGUUAAAUCCACAAC